AUGCAGCGUUCCUGCCGUCAUCUGGAAAAUCGCUUGUCCUCUCCCUUUUGCCCGUGGAUUUUCUCUCAACAAUCUUCCUUCACCAUCAUCAAUCUCGUCAACAAUACCUACCAUUCAUCAUCCUUAUACACCUCCAUGACCAGUCGUCCACUUGACUGCAUCAAUACCAGCCACACUCACUUCUACCACAGACAAUCUUUGGCCCCUCUCCAAACAGACCUAGACGCGCAGCAGCGACACCAAGCUCAACAAGGCGCCCACCUCAGACGCAGCUCCCAGUCUCCCAGACUAUCAUCUAGCAUGGCUUUUAUCAACAUCUGGACCAACGACUGCCCCAACUCCAAAGACGACAAGAAAAAGAACAAAGACGACAAACCCAAGCCUCCUCCCUUCCCACGCUCAAAGUCCUCCAAGUCAACCAAGGAUAAAGAUACCCACACUCCCGCCCAUAAGCCACACAAAGAGCACAAGCCUAAGGCCCACAAACCUCCCAAAGAACACAAGAAGCAUCCAGAACCCAAGAAGUGCAAAGACUCGAAGCCGGAAGAGUCCAAGAAACGCAGCUGGUUCUCAUGGCCACGGCAGUACGAGCCAGCCAAGCCUCCAGUCAACCUCACCAAAGCCCCGAACCACGAUACUGGCAAGAAGGGUGACGAUUCCAAGAAGAAGGUUGAUGAGCUGAAGAAGAAAGAUGCGGAGUUGAAAAAAGAGGGUGCCGAACUGAAGAAGAAGGACAAGGAGCUGAAGAAGGACGGCGCUGAGUUAAGAAAGAUUGGCGAUGACUUGAAGAAGAAGGGUGAUGAGUUGAAGAAAAAGGCUGAGGAUAUGAAGUCUGCUGCGGAAGGCUCGAAGUCUUCCAAAGCUGCAGACAAGAAGACGAAGAGUCAGGAGCAGAGAUCCGAUGGUGAUGAUGGCUGUGACUGUCCAUAUGAUUAG